AUGUCCUCCUACUACGAACCUCAGGGUUGGCAGGCUCCGGCUGCCCGCCAGGCCUCGUGGGAACAACCGGUGCCGCCCUCCCGGUCAGGCUCGAGCUCCGUCUCCCAGCGCGAGGAUAGCCCGGCCUUUUCCUCCCAGUUUGACGGUACGCAAUCCCGAUCUCUUUCCUUUCUUCUGCCCUCUUUCCCCCCUGAUGUCUCCGGUGGUCCGACGGUCUUCAACGCUUCGGUUCAAAUUGAGGUUGAUCGCGCGAUCGACAAUCUGGUCAAGAGCGGCAAGCUGUGGAAUGCUCCUCGCCGGGACUCGAUGCCCAUGAUGAUGGGCCGUCCCUACCCCGAGUACGACCCUCGCAUGGGCGGUUCCGGUGGCCCCCAGCGUCACCAUUCGAUCAGCGAGUUCGAGGGCUCUCGAGCGCACCCGUCCGGCAAUGUACAGGGCUUCUAUGCCUCGCAGCGGUACCAGGGACGCCCGAAUGAAGUAGAGCAGAUGAUGCAGGCGAAGCGUCGGAUGGCGGCACAGCGUGAACGGGAGCUCCGCAACUACCAUCAGGAGCAGCAGUACAACCGAAGCCUCCUUGCCGAAAUGUCCGCCAGCAAGUCCGAUCGCACCGUGCUCUUUACGGCAACGAGAGUCCCGCCUUCUUCCCCCCCUGGUCCGCUCUCCGAUGACAACUCCCGCUCCGAGAGCCAGGCUACCGGCACGCCCUCGUCGGCGGGCGUCCGCGGCGCUUCCCCCCGUGGCGUUGAUCCAUUCGGCCUCACCCAGGCUUCCGGCGCCUCCGCGGACGGCGUGCAGUCUCCGACCCGCGCUAAUAGCACCUCAUCGCCUAGCUCCGCUAUUAACGCUGGUUUCUCCGAGCAGCCCGUCACCUCGACCUCCUCGCCUGGCGCCGACUCGCCCUCCUCCCGGCAGGCCCCCUCCAAGCCCGGCGCCGGUCCCAUUGGCUCUGUAGGCCCUAUCGGCUCUCGUCCGCUCCCCGGCCAAGCGACUGCCGUGGCCGCCGCGGCCAACCCGGCCCUGAACAAACCUCGUGCAACGACCCCUUUGCCCUCCCCUCUCGGCUUCGGGUUCACUUCCGGCGAAGCAGCUACUGGCGCGGGCAAUGAGCGUUCCACAUCAGCUGCCUCCAACCCGGCCGUGGCCGCCUCGGCCAACGGCCCGGGUCCCAAGGACGGUGGCGUGGGGCUAGGCUGGAGCAACGGCAGCGGCGUCUGGGGCUCCAAGAGCGGAUUGGGUGUGCAGGCCUCGGUCUGGGGCUGA